AUGGCGGCGCGGGGAGGCGGCGCGGGGGGCGCGGGCUCGGGAUCCGGACCCUCUGCUGGGACGGCGGGGGAGGCCGCGGAGACCGCGCUGCGCCCGGGGGAGGUGGCUGCGCUGCACCCCCAGGAGGUGGCUGCACGGCUGCAACGGAUGCGACGGGAGCUGAGCAACCGGCGGAAAAUCCUGGUGAAAAACCUGCCCCAGGACAGCAGCUCUCAGGAGGUUCAUGAGUUAUUACAGGACUAUGAGCUAAAGUAUUGCUAUGUGGACAGGAAUAAACGAACAGCUUUUGUUACCUUAUUGAACGGGGAGCAAGCGCAGAGUGCAAUUCAGAGGUUUCAUCAGUUUUCUUUCCGAGGCAGAGAGUUGACGGUGCAGCUGCAGCCCACAGACGCUCUGUUGUGCAUCACCAACCUGCCCGUCUCCUUCACGUUAGAAGAGUUUGAAGAACUUGUCCGUGCCUAUGGCAACAUCGAGAGAUGUUUUUUGGUCUACAGUGAAGUUACUGGCCACUCCAAAGGCUACGGGUUUGUUGAGUACAUGAAAAAGGACUUUGCUGCCAAGGCCAGACUGGAGCUACUGGGCAGGCAGAUGGGAGCCUCGGCACUCUUCGCACAGUGGAUGGAUGUUAAUCUCCUGGCCUCGGAGCUCAUCCAUUCUAAGUGCCUUUGUAUAGAUAAACUCCCCAGUGACUACAGCGAUUCAGAAGAGCUCUUGCAACUUUUUUCCAGUAUCCAUAAACCUGUGUUUUGCCAGCUUGCACAGGAUGAAGGAAGUCACGGUGGUGGCUUUGCAGUGGUUGAAUAUAGCACUGCAGAGCACGCUGAAGAGGUUCAGCAGGUGGCAGAUGGCAUCACCAUCAAGGGGAGCCAAGUUCAGCUGUCCUUCUGCGCCCCAGGAGCACCAGGGCGGAGCACUCUAGCGGUCCUCAUAGCGGCUCAGCGCUCGAUGCACAGUAAUCAGAAGGGGUUACUGCCAGAACCCAAUCCAGUACAGAUUCUGAAGAGCUUAAACAAUCCUGCCAUGUUACAAGUUCUUCUGCAGCCCCAGCUAUGUGGACGAGCCGUGAAGCCAGUUCUGGGAGUCGCGCCCAGCUUACCUCAUCUGCUGAGUCCAUCCCUUCCCUCUGCGCUCUUACACUUCAGUAAAGCACAGCAGAGUUCAGCUGUGGGUAAUACAUCGUCCUUACUCCUUCAGAAUCUUUCUCCCUUACCCUUGAUACAGCAACAGUUGAUGAAGUUUGACAAUGCCCACACUAAUAAUAAGCCUGGCUUGCUGGGAGAGCCUCCCGCCAUGGUGCUGCAGCCUGCUCUGGCAAUAGGGCCACCGCUUCCACUGAAAACAGAUCUGGGACACCAUGGAGAACCACACAAAACGUCUAAUCUGAUUCCAACUCAGACGACACUGGCAGCCGGGCUGGGCAUGUUGCCAUUCUUCCCACACCAGCUCACUGCUGGACAAGCCGGGCCGGGGCGUGGGACCACUCAGGAGAAGCAGUCAGCCUCAGUGAGCAUCAGCGAAGCUGGUUUCUCAGGGUCGCAGCAUUAUCUGCAGACCUUCCCAGGCCUUCCUGCUGGAGGCCCAGUGACAGGCAACCAGAAGACACCACAAAGCCAGCCAAAAGGCACAGAGGCUGCCUCUAAGAAUCAGACUUCACUCUUGGGAGAACCACCAAAAGAAAUCCGGCUCAGUAAAAAUCCGUAUUUGAAUCUGGCAAGUGUGUUACCCAGUGUGUGCCUGUCCACUGCAGGUAAAGGCACACCACCGAAGACUGGAAUUGCGAGCAACAUUCUGGAUGCAAUCUCUCAGGGAAGUGAGUCCCAGCAUGCACUGGAGAAAUGCAUUGCCUAUUCUCCAUCGUUUGAGGAUUUUGCCCAGGUGUCCUCCUUGAGGAAUGAGAAGCGAGGCUCCUCCUAUCUCACCUCUUCCCCAGAAGGAGGCUCAGUAGAACUUGCUGGCCAGCACCCUCAGGACACGGGAGUGAGCUACACAGAAACCUACUUAAAAAAGAAGCGUGUGUACUAAGCUCGGCGUCUCCUGUCCACCUGCUGCGGCCCACCGCAGCGCCUGCUGCUCAUCUCUGCCUUAACUUCAUUCACACUAGCCAUAUCCUUUCAAUACGGGUGUCUGACUUCCCAGAAGGAACUGUCACACAGCAGGCAGAUCAGCCAAAUAUCCAACUAGCAAUAAGAAACAUCACUGGUCGAGGACAUUUUCCACUAGCAUUAGAUGUGUCUUAAUCCAUGUGAUAAUGACUCUGCUCACUGGAGAAUCAGCAUUCCAAUAGUCCUUGUUUCGGGCCUGGGAACAAUUUUGACAUCCUCUAUAAAGUCUGAAGCAAUAAAUGGGAAACUGUUUUGUU